ACCGACAAUGCCUUUAAAGAUUUUACGAGCAAUAAUCAUGGGACCACCUGGGUCAGGAAAAGGAACAAUAUCUACAAGAAUUGUGAAAGAUUUUGCAAUUAAACAUUUAUCCAGUGGUGAUAUACUUAGGUCACAAAUUCUCAAUAAGACAGCUGCAGGUGUGUCUGCUAAGAAGUACAUAGAUGAAGGGACUCUGGUGCCUGACAAGGUUAUGGUCGACCUGAUCAUAGGGGAGCUGAAGCCACUACAACAGAACUGGCUUCUCGAUGGAUUUCCACGCACGGUUCCCCAGGCUGAGGCCCUUUAUAACCAGGAACCAGUUGAUGUUGUCAUGAAUCUGAACAUUCCGGAUGAAAUCAUUAUCAACAGAAUCAAAGGACGUUGGACCCAUGCUCCUAGUGGUAGAAUUUACCAUACAGAGUUUAAUCCUCCAAAAGUUCCUGGUGUUGACGAUGUGACAGGAGAGCCUCUCAUACAGCGGGACGAUGAUAAGGAGGAGACGGUUCAGAGACGACUGGCAGCGUACUGGAAGCUUACAAAACCUGUACUAGACUUCUAUAGGGACCAUGGCAUUCUGAUGGAGUUCAAGGGCAAGUACUCCAACGAAAUCUGGCCCCAUGUUCACAAGUUUAUGUCGACAAAAAUAGAGCCAAAACAGUAUACACAGUAUAAAGGAUUUUCUUAAUGAACGCAUUACGGGCUUCUAUCCCAUUGUUAUUUGCAUCACCAGGGAAUCUUGUGGGGGAUUAUCAGUUAUGAAUUUAUGAGAAUGUAACUAUCAUUAUUUUUAUACAUUUUUUUAUGUGUUAUUAUAUUGCUAGUUCAAUGAGCAUCUAUGAGUGUACUUCAGCACAAUUGUGGUUAUUCAGACAAUCUUUUGUAUAUGUUUUGGAACAUUUUAAUGUUGAGUGCUUGCAUUUAACAUGUGUAUCUCAGAUUGUCAAAAACAACUGUAGUUUUAAAGUUUGACACAAAGUUUACACAUUUGUUUGAAUACUUUUGAUAUACACUUCCCCUUGUGGGACAAUGUUCUUGAAUAUAGUAAUUUAGUGUUUUUUACAAAUUAAAUUUGGGUGUGCCUCUGAAACGUGUUAAUAGGUUUAAUAGUUUAUGUACAACAUGUGGCAGUAAUUAAAUAUUGAAUAUUGCUGGGCAACAUGUAUUUCUUAACUUGUUAACAUGUGUAAUAAAAAUUCAGAUGUUUACAUGUUACAAUAAGUUGUUUUGUUUAUGACAAAUCAUUUUAAAUGAACAUGAUUGUAUGAGCAACAUAUAUAACAAACACGACUUCUUUUUUUAGCUCACCUGAGCACAAUGUGCUCAUAGUGAGCUUUUGUGAUAGCCUUUUGUCCGUUGUGCCCGUCAACAUUUGCCUUGUUAACACUGUAGAGGCCACAUUAGUUGUCCAAUCUUUAUGAAAUUUUGUCAAAAGAUUGGUCGCAAUGAUAUCUUGGAUGAGUUUGACAAUGAUUAUGUUUGCUUCAAAAACAUUGCUGCCCAGGGGCAGGGCAUUUUUCGUUAUACAUGUAUGACUAUAUAUGGCUAUAGUAAAACCUUGUUUACACUCUAGAGUCUAGAGACCACAUUUAUUGUCCAAUCUUCAUGAAACUUGGUCAGAAUAUUCAUCCCAAUAAUAUCUUGGAUGAGUUUUAAAUGAUGUCAGUUGGUUGAAAAACAUGGCCACCAGGGGGCGGGCAUUUUUCCUUAUAUGGCUAUAGUAAAACCUUGUUAAUAUUGAAGAGGCCACAUUUAUUGUCCGAUCUUCAUGAAACUUGGUCAUAAGAUUUGUCCGAAUGAUAUCUUUGAUGAGUUUGAAAAUGGUCUCUGUUGGUUGAAAAACAUGGCAGCCAAGGGGGCGGGGCAUUUUUCCUUAUAUAACUAUAGUAAAACCUUGUUAAUAUUGAAGAGGCCACAUUUUAUUGUCCGAUCAUUAUGAAACUUGGUCAGAAGAUUUGUCCCAAUGAUAUUUUUGACAAGUUUGAAAAUGAUUCUGGUUGCUUGAAAAACAUGGCAACCAGGGGGCAGGGCAUUUUCCCUUAAAUGGCUAUAUGGCUAUAGUAAAACCUUGUUAACACUCUAGAGGCCACAUUUAUCUUCAUGAAACUUGGUCACAAGAAUUGCCCAAAUGAUAUCUUAGACGAGUUCAAAAAUUGUUUCAGUUGGUUGAAAAACAUGGCCACCAGGGAGAGGCAUUUUUACUGAUAUGGCUAUUGUAAAAACAAGUUUUUUAACUAGUAUUAGUUGUAUGUGGGGAUAUUUUGUCGUAUUCAACCGUAUAUCACAGUGGUCAAUUACUAACACAUUUCCUUGCUGCACUAUUUUACCAAUACUGAGAUAUAUAUUUUUGCCUCUAAACGACAAUUACCAGUACACAAUGUGAAUCAGAGAUAGGGAAUAUUGGCUGUAGUUUCGUGACCAAUCCCUUUACAAGCUCUGUGGCCGGGCUGGGAAUCGAACUUGCUGUCCUCUGAUUUGUAGUCAAGUGCUAUACCAAGAUAACUUGCCUUUCAUUCCAAUAAUUGUAUCAUGAGUUUAGUACUUAAACUUUGUUUGGCACAAAAAAAAUGUGUAAAGGCCAAUGAUGUGAUUUUUUUAUUAAAGGGACUUGUUAACAUAUUGUCAAAACAAAAUGACAAUUUUCAGAUUAAAAAAAAAUACUUAUGUAAAUCAGGGAGUAUUACACCAAAAAUAAUUGACUUGUUCAGAAAAAACCCAGACUUGUUUAUGAAUAAUCAUCAUUUGAAAUUA